AUGGCCUUCGCCCCCGACGCGCACGUCGCCGCCGUCGUGUUCUCGCACCUCGGGACGGAGCCGAGCGAUCGCGUCGCGCUCGCGGAGGUGAGCGACGUGUUCAAGGACGCGGAGAAGACGGACGCGUCUUUGCCGGUGCCCCCCGACGCUCUGUACGCGCUCGGUCUGAGGUUCGAACACGGCGAGGAGAAGAAGGAGUCCGACAAGGCGCUCUACUGGUGGCGCAAAGCGGCCGAGCGCGGCGACGCCGCUGCCAUGUGCGACAUCGGGUGCUGCUACUUCGAAGGCAACGUCGUGCCGGAAGACCGCACGACGGCGUUCUGUUGGUUUGAAAAGUCCGCGAGUUUAGGGAACGACUACGCGACCUACAGAGUCGGGGUGUGUUAUGAACUCGGCCUCGGCGUGAAGCAAAACGUCCCGAAAGCGCUCCAGGCGUAUUACGACUUGGCGACGAUUUUUUCAUACUCACAUGGCGCGUGGGCCCUCUCGGAAAUCUACGAACACGGUCGCUGCGGCGUGCCCGUGGACGAAGAGAAGGCGAGGAAGUGGUAUCGCGUCUUCGAAGACCUCCGCGCCGACGAAGAGGCGUCGGAGGAAGAAUCUGAUUCAGACGAAGAGCCGGAGACGCAGACGAACUGA